AAGUGUCGGAAAAUAACACACCCCCAAAUGAUGACUCAUUUCCGGCGUGUGUGGGUCCCGCCCUGGAUCAGACGACUGCAAUCGGGAGAAUGGGGCCAAAUCCAUUCAUUCCGGCAGUACACUUCGAAAAAUAAGGAAGCAAGUGGAAAUGUUGCUCCAGGUGCUUCACAUCCAGCGUCCAGCGUCUGGAACCAUACCUUGCCAUCCAUCCCCAAAUCUCGUCUAUUCCAUUUAGAUGAGGGGAACGCGCAUAAUGCUCCAAAAGAGUGAUCCCAUUACACCGGAGGAAGUCCUCUGUGAAGUGAAGAAGCCAGCCACUACCACACAGACGAGGGCCUUCAGUCAUGAAGGAUGCCCACUGCAACAUCUCCACAUAGCCAUCCGCCGUUUUGACACCCCUGCACAAUCUGAAGCUCCUUUAUUCCAUAGAAAUAGAAAGCAGCCGAAGCAUCUUGUUCAGAGGAUAAUCCUUCCUGGGUGAGCGUGGAAUGAGGAUACAGGAUGGACAUGUUUUGGGAAUUACUAUUCAUUCUCCAAGCCAACUGUCUUACAUGCAUAUCAGCUCAGCAAAAUCCACCAAAAAUUCAUGAAGGCUGGUGGGCAUACAAGGAGGUGGUUCAGGGGAGCUUCGUUCCAGUGCCGUCUUUCUGGGGCCUGGUGAACUCCGCCUGGAACCUGUGCUCCGUGGGGAAGAGGCAAUCACCAGUCAACAUUGAGACCAGCCACAUGAUUUUUGACCCGUAUCUCAAGUCCAUGAAAUUGAACACAGGUGGACAAAAGGUGAGGGGUACGAUGUAUAACACAGGCCGCCAUGUUUCUGUGCGCUUGGACAAGGAGCAUCUGGUUAAUAUCUCUGGUGGGCCGAUGAUGUACAGCCAUCGUCUGGAGGAGAUCCGGCUCCACUUCGGUAGUGAGGACAAUCUGGGUUCUGAACACCUUCUCAAUGGGCAGGCCUUCUCUGGAGAGGUUCAGCUAAUUCACUACAAUCACGAACUGUAUACAAAUUAUACUGAAGCUGCCAAAAGCCCGAAUGGACUUGUCAUUGUGUCUAUAUUCAUGAAGAUAGCUGAAACAUCCAACUCUUUCCUGAAUCGAUUGCUGAACCGAGACACCAUCACAAGGGUAACAUAUAAAAAUGAUGCUUAUCUUCUGACUGGACUAAACAUUGAGGAGAUCUAUCCAGAGACGAGUAGUUUCAUCACUUACGAUGGGUCAAUGACCAUCCCCCCAUGCUUUGAGACCGCCACGUGGAUACUGAUGAACAAACCAGUUUACGUCACACGCAUGCAGAUGCACUCCUUGCGCCUUUUGAGUCAAAACCAGCCGUCUCAGAUCUUCCUGAGCAUGAGUGACAACGUCCGCCCGAUUCAGCCUCUGAUCAACCGCUGCAUCCGCACCAAUAUCAACUUCAGCAUGCAGGGCAAAGACUGCCCCAACAACAGGGUUCAUAAGCUGCAGUACAGAGUGAAUGAAUGGUUACUAAAAUAGGAUAAAUCCGAAGAGCACAAGUGUCUGAGGUGACAAAAGGACAGCGACGCAAAGCAACUGGGGGACCACUGAACAACCAUGGCGUGUCUCUCUCGAUGUGAUGGCAAUGAUUAUUGAUUGUAUCCAAACAUAGGGAACUUUGUAAAGUAUGCAGAGUGGCUCUGCCUUUUUUACAGAACUGUAAAGAAUAUUUAACAUACACAUACAGCCAAGCCCUUCCCUCACUGUACAGCUGCUCCACAGCUGCAUCAGACAUUUUGAAUCUACAUCCGACAUUUUGAUACUAAUGUGUUUUUUGUCAGAAAAAUCGAGAACUUAAUGGAUUUAUUUCAUAUUUUCUUUCUACCUUUAAAUUGAAAAAAAUAUGUUUCAUUUCUUCCGACACAAAACUUUUGAAAGGUACAUAUUUCAAGUUUUCUACAGCCCCAGAGCAUCAAGUAUUCUGGUCAUAUUUGUGUGUAUUUUCAUUCUAAGUGUAGCAAAAAGCUUAUUAUGUUUAAAAAGUAAUGCAUAUUAUUUUAAAUAUGUUAUUGAAAAGUAUUUUUAAAAAAAGAGAUAAACAUUGAAAGGUGUUGGCACAAUUAGAACACCGCAGCAACAUAAGUUGAUGUAUUUUUUCCUUUAUAAAUGACAGUUGUCAUACACUGUUUGAAUAAUCUUAUCAGCCCAAUAAAUUGGUCUGAAGCCA